CGGUAACUGCUGUACUACGGUUUUGUAACGUAUGUAAUUUCUUUAAUAUAUUGUAUUACUCUUCGUAUCAAAACAAAGGACCAAAUUAAAAGAAAAGGAUUCUUUAUUACACCUCGACUAACCUACAUUAUGUAUCACGCAUCCAGUUUGCAACAAAGGACGGCACGGUCCGGCGCGCCCUUUCAUAACUCGUUAUAUAACGUUACGCUGCGCUGUUUGUCUGUCAGUCUCUGUAAGCUGGUGAAUAAGGGUCAUUGUCAGUGAUAUUAUAAAAAAUAAAUAAUUAUUUUUCAAAUGCAAGUAAUUGUAGAGUGAAAGUUAUUACGAAAGCGUCGCGCUCUAUUUUCUUCGGCAUUUAGUUGUGGUUAAAUAAUUCUGUAAGUUUAUUGAAUAGAAGUUAAUUUUUAUUCAAGAAAACAAACUACCCAGUCACAAGUAAAUUAAUAAUAAUAUUUAAAAGCUUCUUCGUGCCAUGUUUUUUGACAUACUCUAGCUACUAACUGAACCAUACAGAGUAUUUGUGGCGUACAGAUCUGACUAAAGUUGCCCUGAAGGUAUAAGAUGUCAGGCUACAAUCAACCUGGAGCCAAGAGGCAGAAGGUGCGAGAGGCAAGACCGGGAGACAAUGUUGACUACUUUCAAGGCAUAGACAAGGUAGAGUACAACAACCUAGCGCCGCCGACGGACGGUAGCGGGUACCGGUACUACUGCAGCGAGCGCGUGCACUCCCGCGCUUUGGACGACUGGCUGAAGCUCAGCGUUUGUCUUUCGGAUUUUAGAAACGGGUCAGACAGCCACAAGUCCCCCCACCGGCCGUGGGACGACGGAUCCCACACCAUAGACAACCACAAGCGCUGCAUCAAGGCUCUCUUCGACUUCUGCACCAAACUGGGCAUCAAAUACUGGACUGCUUUCGACUCGGACCUGGUGCCGUAUUGCGAUAGUUGGGAAGAAAACAAGCAGCAUUGGGAUGAAGUUGUGGAGUUUGUGCAGGAGUUGGGACAGAGGAGCCAUGUUAAGCUGCUGUGGCUGGCGCCUGAUUUGCAUUCGCAUCCGCGAUAUGCCUCCGGUGCCUUCACGAGUAACGAAUCCACGACAUACGCCCAGGCCGCGACGCAAAUCAAGAAAUGCCUCGAAGUGAGUCAGCGCCUCAACGCUGAAUGUUUUCUUAUCUGGCCACACAGAGAAGGCUACGAUAAUAUCUUCCAGACUGACGUCACCAGAGAAAUAAAACUAUUCGCAAAACUAUUGAAAAUCACCGCCGAAUACAAAGACAGGCUGAAUUACAGAUGCCAGCUCCUAAUGAUGCCGUAUUACAACUGUAAUUCGAGAUAUUACAACUGUAAUUUUGGCAGCUGGCAACACCAGAGUUGGAGGGACGAUGUCGUGAACAGAUACAUGUGGGAUGUGACGAGUUGUUUGUACUUUUUGAAGAGCUACAAUUUGGAGAGAUAUUACAAAGUGUGCUCGCCGCCUGGACAUCACAUGUUUAUGGCCAAUGUGUAUAACAUGUUGGGCGGCGUGGUCAUCACCAAUGAUGUGGACCAUUACAACACGAAGCAAUUCACGCUCAUGAUGAAAUGCAUCAUUGAUCAGGGUAACCCCCUCAUAGGGGGUAUUAACCUCAAGCUGUCCCCGCGCCGAGACAGCGACUUGCGAGAGCUAGUGACGCACUGCGUGAAGUAUGUGGACGCGCUCGCUAAAGGUCUCAGAUUCGCAGCCGGAAUGGUAGCGGAGCAGAUGUUCGCUAAACAUUUACAGCAAAGAUACGCGUCGUACUACAGCGGGUUCGGUUCCCGGCUGGUCAGCAGCGACGUUUCGAUGGAAGAGUGCGAGGAAUACUACAAAAAGAACCACAGUUCCCACAGUGAAGUGCCGAUAGCAAAAUACGAGCAUUUCGACUUGACGCUGCAACGCUACCUGGACUCCAGUGAACACGUCUGACCAAACAACAAUGGGUUUUAGUUGUAAGUACUUAAAGUUGUUUUUACCUUACAAUAAAUAUCGUUAGUCUACGGUUAAUUUAGUCGACUAAAAUGUAAAAAAUAAUACAUAAUUUUAGUUCAAUUAGUCCUUGACAUUAAGCUCUGGUUUAAA